AUUUAUGUUAUUUACUUACAAAUGAUUCCUUAUUUAAUAAAAAAACAUAUUUCAUCUAUGCAAGUUUCCAAAAAAUACAAUUAAAAAAAAAAUAUCAUGUCAAAAAUAACAUCGAAAACUAAGAAUAUUAUUAUUAAAACAUCAAAAAUGAAAAAUCCUACUGAAAUAAUGAAUACAAGGUCCAUAACUGAAGCCAAAAAGACAAAAAAUAGAAAAGCUAAAACAUCUAUUUCACAAACUAAAGAAAUCACACAAAAAGAAAAACAUAAAAUUACAAAAAAUAAAAAGUUAUCUAAGGAAAAUAUUAAUGAUACAAUGAAAUCAGAAAAUAUUGUUACACGUAAUAAUUCCAAAAUGAAUAAACAGGAAUCAAAAAAUAAAAAAAGAAAACUUAUUACAGGAAUAAAAAAAAAUAUUUCAAAGCAAAUGUCUUUAAAAGAAUCAUUUCUGAACCAAUCUAAAAUACAUUUUUUAAGAUCUUCUAAAAAUUCUAAGAAUUCUAUGAAUAGUAUAUCAACAAAGAAAUUAUCUAUUAAUAAAAAGAAAUUACCAAUUUAUAAACAUGUUUCACCAGAAAAGCAAAAAGAAAAUAUUAGUGAAAUAUAUGAAUUUAAGUUUGAUAUUAAUGAUUCAAAUGAAAGAUUACCAAAGAAACAAAAAAGAAAAAUAGUUACUAAAAGAAAAGUUACAAACAGAAAAAAGAAAAAUAUUCCUGUGAAACAAAUUGCUAAAAAAAAAUCAAUUAUUAAAAAAUGUGAAGAAAUAAAAAAUUCAGAUUUUGUAGAACUUGAAACAAAAAAAAAAGAUUCUAUAGAACAUUUGAAUAUUAGAAAUGAUAUUUUAAAAGAAAAUUUAGUAAAAAAUCUUAAACGAAAUAUAGAAAUAAAUAAACAAUUGAAGAAUUCAGAAAAUAUAAUCAAAGAACAUAUUAUUGAUGAAAUAGCUACAAAACCUACAAUUAUAUCAGUAAAAGAUUUAAGUGAUAAAAGAAUUUCAAUAAUAGAUACUUCACAAAUAUCAAAUUCAAAUGAUUUUAAACCAUUUAGGCCAACGAAUAUUUUUAAUAAUAAACAAAUACAACAAAAUAAUACACUUAAUUAUUCUUUACUUGAAAAGUCUUUAUCACCAAUUAGGAAAUCAUUAGAAAAUUCUCAGAUGCUCUGCAGUCCUUGGAGAGCAUCAUUACUUACAUUUUCUCAAGUAAAAAAUGUAUUUCAAAGCACACCUAAAAAUAAUAAUUAUGAUAUUAUUAAUAAAAAACUUGUGCGAACAUUAAAUGAAUCUAAACAAUUUGCAAAUAUAACAAAAACAAAAAACACUUUACAAAAAAAUAAUGAAAAUAUAAGUACAGAAGAAUACAUAAAUGUUAAUACUUCCAAAAAGAAAAAUCCUUUAACUUCAAGAAAAUUUGGUACAGAAAUUACAAAUAUUGAUCAUUCCUUACAAUUUAAAUCUUCAAUAGAACAAAUAAAUGAUCAUAUACCAAUUGAAACUGAAAACAUUCAAUCAAAUAUACAAUCAAUCAGUGUAAUUACUUCUAAUGUAAAUAAUGCAUUUAAUUUUGACAAUAAGGAAAUUAAAAAAAAUAGUAUAUUAAGUCCAAAAAAAAAUCUUAAAAAAGAAAUAAUUAGCACACAAAUUCAAGAAAAUAUAUUAAAUGUAAAAGCUAAUGAACAAAAAGAAAAUUUUAUUUCUCAACCUGGACCAUCAGGUUUACAAAGUAAUUCAAUUUUUAAUGAGAAAAGAAUUCUGAAACAAUCAAAUUUAAAUAAUUUUCUUAAUAUAAUGGAACUACCACAAUGCACAACAAUUAAAACACCACAUGGAAUUUUUGAUGAUACACAAUCAAUAUCAAUAAUCAAUAAAUCAAUGAAAAAAGUUAAUGAAUCUAAUAUAAAAUUAAAUAACACAUUUGGUUUUAGUGAUAGUGAGUCUGAUCAAGAGAUAUCUUCUAUUAAACAUAAAAUUGAAAGUAACAAACAAGAAAAAUUUGUUCAAUCAAAUGUAAUUAUACAUGACAUAAAACUUACUGCAAGAUUAUCAAUUGAUGAAAUAAAAAAUAAAUUGCUUAUUAAAAAUUUAAAAGAAGAGAAAGAUAUAUGUAAUAAAGAAAAUAUAUUAAUUAAAAAUAAAGAAAUAAAAAAAUUACCUAUUAAAGAAAAAAAGAAACAAAUUGAUAUUUUGAAUUUUUCUGAUACAUUUGAUAUUCUAUCUGAAACAGGUGGAACAUCUGUAAUGUCUUCGUCUAAUAUUCCAUUAUUUACUGAUUUUGAACCAUCUCAUUUUACACAGCCUCCACGACAUUCAUAUAAACGCAAACGUAAUGUAAAAUAUAGUUUUUCUGAAGAAGAAAGUGAAGAAGAGGAAAUGGAAUCAAUUGAACAUGAAAUAAAACGAAAGAAAACUAAUAAAUUGAAAAUGGAACAAGAAAAGAGAUUACAGAAAUGGGUUCAGGACAUCAAUAGAACUUUUCACGAAAUAGAUCAGCAUGAACUUGUAAUUGAAUAAAUUUGUUAUUAUUAUUAUAAAAGAUGAAACAAAUAUUAUUAAUUUCAAAAAUAUAUAUUAAUAAUUUUUAUUAUUUUAUCAUAGAUAUCUUAUUAUUAAGAAUUUCUUUUUAUUAGGAAUAUAUAAAAUAAAUUUUAAAAUAUAUUUUAAAAUAAUGCUUGUAACAAUAGAUAUAGGAUUAAGGAUUUUAUGUUUAUAUAAAAAAGUAAUUUUAUAUUUUCAGCCUGUAUAUAUGCAUUUAAUAUAUAAUAAUAUUUAUACAAA